AUGUCGACCAAGUACGCCUUCACCAAGUCUCUGAAGGAGGUCCGCUUCCUCUUCUGCCAGACCGGCGAGCACAGCGCUGCGACGAGGUCCUUCCUUACGCGCGCCUACCCCACGAUGAAGAAGUUCAACCCGACCACCCCCAUCAUGCUGCGCGAGGCCGCCGGUACCCUGCCCAAGGUGUACGCGAGGUAUGAGUUUGGUCGCGAGAAGAGCCAGUCAUUAGAAGGACUGUCGGAUAAGCAGAUCGAGGAGGCAGUAACGACUCUCGUCAAGAACGACGCAUAG